AGCGGGCCAAUCAGGCCCUGCCACAUGAGGGAAGCCUAUAGAAGAUUAAAACUUGAAGGCAAGGUUCCAAAAAGAUCAGUUCCUAGGCUUUUCAGGUAAAUUGACCUGGAGGCAACUUAAUGGGAUUCCAGUGUUGGCAAUGGAAGGAGGUAGGCAGACGAGAAGGUUUGGUCGUCGAACCCUCUUGCCCUUACACGUUAGGCGCCUCUCCCACACUGUUUCCUGUUGGUACUGCGACUACAAGACCUCUGCCUUCAAUGAACCACUAUUCAGGGUCGGCCGAAGACAUGCCAGGCUUUUGCGAGUUUGGUUUUCAGUUGGGAUCGGUUUUAGUCUAACCGCAAUGCUAGGAGUUUAUGUGAUUCUUCUAUGGGAAUCAGCCACACUGCUGCAUUUGUACAAUGGGAAUGCAUGGUGGCUUAGCAAGCUUUUGCCCGGGUCCUUGUUUGGGAUUUUCCCUUCGGUUUUUGGGUUGAGCACAACAGUGGCUGAUGUUGGAUACAUGUGUAUAUCUACGAUAAUAUCCGUGUCUGCACAUGAGUUUGGGCAUGCGCUUGCUGCUGCCAGUGAGGGCAUACAAAUAGAGUACAUUGCUGUAUUCGUAGCGGUUCUAUUUCCUGGAGCUCUUGUGGCUUUCAACUAUGAGGUGCUGCAGGCAUUACCAAGGUUUUCAACCCUCCGUAUAUACUGUGCCGGUAUUUGGCAUAAUGCAGCAUGUUGUGCAGUUUGUGGAUUGGCACUGUUCCUCCUGCCAUUGAUCCUGUAUCCAUUCUAUAUUCAUGGUGAAAUCCCCAUGGUUCUGGAUGUUCCUUCUUCGUCGCCUCUCUCUGGUUUUUUGUCUUCUGGUGAUUUGGUCAUGUCAAUGGAUGGCAUAACCAUUCAUAAUCCACAAGAGUGGAUGGAGGUGGCUGCUCAUAUACAUGAGCAAACACUUAGAAACUCAAACUUUUCCAAUAGUUUUCACUUCACGAUGGCCAAUGGUAACAAAGGGUAUUGUGUCCCAAGUUCUUUAAUGGAAGCAAGCACAGACGUUCUAUUGACAGAUGACCAGUCUACUUGUCCUAAUGAGUUCACUGCAUUCACAACUCUUUCAUGCUCUAAUUCAAGUAUGCUUGAUGAUGGUAGCAUUGCGGAUAAAUAUCAAAAUAGCAGAGAGGGUAUGCAUUGCUUGAUUGCCAAGGAUAUUGUCAAGCUUAGAAAAUGUGGUGAUGGAUGGGUUAAAUCUGCAAGCAAUAGAAGCAGUUGUCCAUGUUCUGAGGACGAUACCUGCUUAAUUCCAGUUCAGAUACCUGGUUUAAUAUGGGUUGAGAUUACAUAUUUAAGACCUUAUUCUUCGCAAUGCUGGAAACUUGCAAGAAAUUCAUUUGCGGGUGUAAAGAGUCCAAACUUUGAAGAAAAGGGUUGUGGUGGAACUUUUGUUUUCGUUGGAGAUGUCCUCUCCAUGGCUCUUUCAAUUCGGUUAACUGCCUAUCGUCCUCGUUGGUUAUUUUCUUUUGUUGCAUAUCUUCCAAAUGUUCUGGAAAAGAUUUUCGCGUGCACGUUUCAUGUCUCUCUUGCUUUAGCUCUUCUCAACAGCCUGCCGGUGUACUUUCUUGAUGGUGAAUCCAUUUUGGAGGUGACUAUAUGCUACUUGAGGGUGCUGAGCCCAAGAAUGAAAGGAAGAGUUCUGCGCUUGUGUCUUUUAGCAGGGACCCUUAUUUCUACCUUUGCCUUGUUGAGGAUCUUCCUUCUCACCAUUUUAAGUACUGGUUAGUGGCAUUUGCAGUGGACUAAGAACAUAAACCGUGGUUGUAGAUUUAUUUGCAGAGGAAACGUAGAAGUGUGGAAGAUGUUGAUUGGAAAUGAGGCUAUCAUACGUAGUACUAGUGAUGUAGUAGUAAUUUCCAAGACUUUGGCUGGGUGGGCCGACUUUGCAUGUUUUUGAGGGGCAAAAGAUCGCGGAAGUAACAUGUGAUGUUUUUUUCUCAGAUUGAUGUCUAUCCUGUUUUCUCAGUUUCAGUAAUUUAUACAAUGUCAACAAACUGAGCUCCAACAGGUCUCGGUGAUAUAGAAAGAUGGUGGGAGAGAAUCUGUCGGAGGCUUGGAAGAGAACACUAUGCCGCGAGAAACAAAUCCGUGCAGAAGAAUUUUGCUGCCAUAAUAGGGUCCUAUUAGUUUCCAUUUUAAUCUGGUUUUCAUCAAAUCUUUCCAUGUAAAUGUGCUUCUUUAUGUUCGUGCAACUGGUGCAUGGAUUCUUAAGCUGAUUAAUUCAGUACUCUGAAAUGAAUCCAAGUAAACAUUCGUACAUUAAGCUGUAAUUCAGAACUAUGUUUCUUGUUUCUAUUCCUUUGAGGUUCCUCAAUAAAUGCAAUUUCAAAUUUCAUUAGAGCAA